AAGACCAGUCAACAUCCACCUUUCUGAAGUUUUGAGUUUUGAUCAUGUUUGCAUUCAAUUUUCUUUAGAUUUUAAUAUUGUUGGAAGUAGGGUUGAAAUUUGGCCGAUUGGUGAGUCCCACUCACAGUCUCAAUACUUUAUACAUAAAUAGAUUUUCACGUCACCUAAAAAUUGACAUACUGGCCAUAAUCAUAAUCCUUACAUACAUAUUCAGUUUAAUUGCCAAAUAAUUUUCCAUGCACCGCAAAAAAUGCCGUGUUAUGUAAUUAUCACAGCGUGGUGUAUAUACGAGACUUCGCCGACGUGGCAUUAGUUUUUACAUCGCCUUGUGAUAAUAUGGACACCAUGGGGUUAUAAGUUUUACAGGUCCAAGGUACGCUCAAGGAUGAUUUGAACGAUGACGAAACCCUUCCUCAAAAUCUCAAUGAUCACCUCGAACGCGUGGUCAGCCAUUUAGAAAAAAUCCCCACGAAGGUUGAUUUUGCCGCUUUGGAGGCCAGAUUUCACGAGAAAUUGAACCGUUUAGAAGCCGCUAAUGAUUCAAACUUAAACGAGACAUGCAAGUUUGUAGUAGAGCUUCAAUUGGAACAGGCCGCCAUCUUGGCAGACAUCAGAUCCACGAGUUCCAGGAUGUCUCAAAAUAUUAGCGCCAUCUUGACGGAGUUUGUGUCCUUGAAAAAUAAAGUUGACUUUGAAACAACGAAACAUUCCUCAAAAUGUGGGGAUGAUGCCGGCCUAGCAGACACUAAAUUUCGCUCUAAAAAACUGGUCUGUGACAAUGAGUGGGUCAUAAUUCAAAGAAGGGGUACCCCAACUCCUGAAGGGAAGGAAAGAACGGUUUUCGAAAGAAUUUGGGAAGUUUAUGAAAAUGGAUUUGGCAGUAUUGACGGCGAUUUCUGGCUCGGUUUAGAAACCAUUCAUGGUCUUACGUUGGAAGGAUAUACACAGUUACGCGUGGAACUCGAAGACUGGGAGGGGAACAAGAAGUACGCGAUUUAUGACGUCUUCAGAGUUGCUGAUGCCCAAGAGAAGUACAACUUAACGGUGGAUGGAUACUGGGGAACGGCAGGCGAUUCAUUCAGCUAUAAUGACGGCAAGGAGUUUAGUACUUAUGAAAAUGACAACGAUGACGCCCUGGGGAAUUGUGCGGCAAAGUGGCGGGGUGGGUGGUGGCAUGGCAAUUGUUCUUACACAUUCCUCAACUCUAUCUACCAUAAUUCCAGCAGCGUAGACACCCCUGGGCUAUGAGUCAUCUGGCACGAUUGGAAAGGUGCAAAUUAUUCCUUGAAAAAAACCGAGAUGAAGCUUCGCAAGCCACUCCGGCUCAUCUAACAAGGACUAUGAAAACUAACUUUAUUCACUCAUAUUUUUAUGUUGAAUUGCAUAAAAUUUUUAUUCGUGCAAUGCUAGAAUUUAAUUUUACGUUUUAAAAAUAUUUUACAGAAAAUAUGGAAAUUAAUUAUAGAAAAUUUACAGAAAAUGGGAUAAUUUUGAGACAAAAUCUAAUUUUGUAGGUAUGAAUCCAAGUAGAAACUACUGCUGAAUGAUUUUCAGAAAUACUUUGAAUAUUUAAAAUCACCGAGAUGACAUCGAUUCUGCAACAGCCCUUUCCGCCCAUCUUAAAUACAAUGGGAACACAUUAUAUUACCAGCGUUCAAAAACUUAUGGCAAUUUUUUUAAACUUAAUAAAAUUGAGAAAAUUCAUUCUCAAAAUACGCAACAUUA